UCUUGAUGAAUGUCAGAAAAACCAUUCCCCCACAUUAAUUGAACUUUUCUUUUAAUAGUAAAAAUGUCGGGGUUUUUUUACAUCGUAAGGAGUUUCGGGUAAGUGAACCUACCUGAGCGACUGAGAUGGGUGCUCCUCCACAGUCAGUCACACAGGUGAGAGAAGAAAGAUAACAUCACGACACACGGAGACGUUAAGUGCGUGUCCUUGUUGGGUUACCUGUCUGGAAAACUGUCUUCAUAUACAAGCAGAAAGACACGACAAGACUUGACUUUCAGCCUCUUCAUCUCUUCUCCAGAGCUUCCACCCUUCUCGCCAUGUCGACGGAAAGCCACCACGAAGGGGCCUACAUGUCCCUGAUGAGAGGCUUUCGGGAGCUGGACCUCUGUGGCCCCUGUGCCCCCAGUGCCCUGGUUCUAACCGGACACCACGCCUUUCCUUUAGCGAUGAACAGCCGCGGUCAGACCCUGAUGGCAGCGUCUCUGUACUGCCGUGGGAGGAUCGUGGUCCUGGGUCACGAGGGCUACCUCACCACCUUUCCUGCUCUGGUGGAGAACGCUGUGACCUGGCUGAGAGGAGACGGAUCUGACAACGUCUCCGUGGGCGUCCACAAGCACGUCGAGAAAGCCGCCGAGAAUCUCAGCAAAUCCGGCUUCCGGGUCUCCGUCGUCGGGGCCUUCGGUGACGACCGGGCGGUCGGCGUGUACGUCACGGACGCCUACAGCGUCGCCGCCGACGCGAAGGACCUGGUGGCUUUCCUGAAAGCCGGAGGAGGCGUGCUGAUCGCGGGGCAGGCGUGGAGCUGGGCUGCAGACCACCCGAAGGAGAACACGCUGCUUCAGUUUGAAGGGAAUCAGGUGUGUGGCAUGGCGGGGAUCCACAUCUCUGACCAACUGGGCGAGGCAGAGUGCCUUCCCGUCUCCCCACAGAUCCCAUCCUCCUGGAUGGCCGUAACGGUCGAAAUGGAUUUUGAGGAUGACUUGCAGUUCUUAUUCCACGGGGUGUCAGAGUUUGACCUCCAAGGUGGAAUUCUAGCUUCCGAGGUUCUGGUCCACGGCCCGCUGGCCUUCCCCAUCGGGACCACAGGCGACGGACAGACCUUCCUGGCAGGAGCCUACUAUGGGCGGGGCCGCGUCAUCGUGGUCACGCACGAAGCGGUUCUGGGACGACAGACCAUGGCUCCAUUUUGGGCGAAUGUUCUCCACUGGCUGGAUGGAGGUCGUCAGGGGGUCGUCGGCGUCGCGCCAAACGCUCCCUUCAAUGUUCUCAGCGAGUCGGGGAUGCAGUGUGAGAAGACCGACUUCAGAGAAGGCCUCAGCGUCUUCGUGUGCACGCCGUAUGGCGACGCUCAUCUGGAGGAAAUCCACCAGUUUGUGGCAGAGGGAGGAGGCCUGCUGAUCGGUGGACACGCCUGGUACUGGGCCCAGUGUCGCCCCGGGGUGAACGAAUUAAUCGAUUUCCCAGGGAACAAGCUCCUGAACGCAAUGGGCUUGAGCUUGUUGAAGAAAACCGUCGCCGGCGGUCUGCACAAGGUCCCCGUGCCGAGCGAGCCCGGCAAAGAGUCCUACCACUUCCGCCGCCUGCUGCGCCGCUUCGCCGGCCACGUGUCUCACGGCGCGGAGCUCCUCGACCACGAGGAGGAGCACCUCAGGAGGCUGGGCGCCGACUGCGUCACCUACUUGCACAUGAAGGCUCACGACUGCCACGCCUACAACCAGGUGCUGUCCACCCUCACGCACAUCGUGAUGAAGUCGGGCAUGCCUCAGGUGUGUGACAGCUGUCCUGUGAAGAGUCCCAAGGACCACCUGCUCCUCAGUCUGGGCCCAGAGGUGUACAAGACCUGCCCAGAUCCGGAUGCCCUCCUGCCCUACCUCAUCAAGGACAACCCCUUGAUGCAAGUCAUCUGCAACCAGAAAAUCAAGAUCGAUGUCAACACAGCAGCUCAAUUGGAGUGGAUCAGCACAGGGCUCUACCUCUCACCUGGGAUGAAGACCUACAUUUGCAUGCCAGCAGAGAUUGUCAACAAAGAAUGGAAGAUCCAGAUCAGCUGUCACACGGACUUCCUGCGGAGCGACACUUUGAAGAGAGCGCCGUGUGUCCACGCGCAAUUUCCCGUCAACUCGGAGAUGAUGCAGGUGUGGAACCUGUGGGGGGGGCUCAUCUACCUGGUGGCGCCACCCAAAACAAAGGUGGAGGGGGCAGAGAUCACUGUGCAGAUGGCUGUACCUGCGCCUUACUAUAAAUCCGGCGUGACCACAGCAGCCGAUUGGUCGUUGCUGCGCACGGCUCCCGCCCCCUGGGCGGAGCUGGAGUUUGACAGCAUCAUCCUCACGGUGCCCUCGGACAUCGUCCGGAGCCUGGAUCGCCCCGACGAGGUGGCGGCCCUUUGGGACCAGAUGAUGAGGGGCGUGGCGGACCUGGCCGCCGCGCCGCACGCGUCGACUCGCAAAGAACGCUUUGUGGCGGAUGUGCAGAUUUCCCACGGUUGGAUGCACGCCGGUUAUCCCAUCAUGGUACACAAGUCCAUGGCGGCUGACCUGGUCAGCGUUGAGCACAUCAGGAGUGUAGGCCUGUGGGGGCCCAUCCACGAGCUGGGACACAACCAACAGAGAGCAUGCUGGGAGUUCCCACCAAACACCACGGAGUGCACGUGCAACCUGUGGUCGGUGUACGUGCACGAGGAGGUGCUGGGCAUCAACAGGGAAAAGGCUCAUCCGGCCGUGACUUCGGCGGCGCGCCGACAGCGGAGAGAGGAUUACGUGAAGGCGGGCAGGAUACGCAGCAGCUGGGAGAUGUGGGUCGCCCUGGAGACGUACCUGCAGCUCCAGGAACAGUUUGGCUGGGCUGCCUUUAAGAAGGUGUUUGCCGCCUACCACGAGAUGAGCGACUUCCCGAAGGACAACGACGGAAAGAUGAACCUGUACGCCGUGACUUUCUCCCAGACUGUGGGGAGGGACCUGUCGGCCUUCUUCAAGGCCUGGGGCUGGCCCGUCGAUACCGCCACCGAGGGGAAACUCUCCGACCUGCCUCCCUGGAGCGACCACCCCAUGGCCCAGUACGACUGAACCUCUGCUAGAUACAUAUAUAUAUAUAUUAUAUUAUAUAUAUAUAUACAUAUAUAUAUAUAUAUAUAUUAUGUAUGUUUAUAUAUAUAUAUAAACAUAUAUAUAUAUUAUAUAUAUAUAUUAUGUAUGUAUAUAUAUUAUAUAUAAUACGUAUAUAUACACAUAUAUAUAUUAUAUAUACAUAUAUAUAUAUAUAUAUAUACGGGUUCAAUGAGGACCACAUUCCUUGACAUUGAGUGUUUAGUGGGUCAUUUAUUUAACUGACUCUUUUCUUCUCUGGUUGUGUUCUUUACGUAUAUAUUUCAAUAUAAAAAAUAAAAAAUAGGGCUUUUAUAUUCAGCAGCUCUAUUAGAAAGGAAUGUGUUUUAUUUGUUUAAUACUUCUUACCAGCUGGGCUAUACUUGAUACUGGCGUUGCAGAACACUUGCAAAGCAAUACAUUGACAGUGUGUGUUCCCAGUGGGAUGCACAAUGAGAUGCACAGUUUGAUAAGAGAGAGCGACAACGAGACCAGGUGUGGGGGUUUUACCGUGAUGGUUCUUUCCAACUCUAAAAAAAGAGAAGGAUUUGUCUUAUAAAUAACAAGGCAAUGUGUGGAGACCGUCUCGCUCUGCCUUGAGUAGACACUACGGCUUUAUGCAUGAAUCAUCUCCUCCUUGUGAUAUUUGUGUGGGAAGAACUGACAUUUCCGGAGAGCUGUGGGUUCAUCCGUGGGUGUUUGAUGACUCUAAAUUGUCCUUAAACUAAUGUAAAAAUGUAACAAGGACAAUUUAAUUAGCACUACUCCCAAAGUCACUGAUUAGCUCCUUGGAAUAAAAAUCUAUUCGCAGUCUCUGUAAAUCCAACAGAGAGUUACAGUUGUGUGGUUUGGGUUAGAGGAGAUACAGCUGAUCAGUGUACAGAUUACCGUAAUGUUCUAAAGUAAAAUGUAAAAAACAUUGAGCAAAAAACCGUUGUGACGAUAUGCAGACUCCGAACUGUCUAACGGUCUAAAUCCUUCAUUUCAUCGGGAUUAAGCCCUGAAAACACGGCUGUCCGCUCGUCAUCAUCCACACUCACAUUAUUUGACUAUAUCACGACCUGCCACGGGCAUAAUGUCUUUAGGCAUAAUACAAUCUGCACAACAGUCAAACGCAUAUAUAACACAUGUUAAAACAACAGAGUUAAACAAUAGGAAUAUACGUUGAAUGCACUUAUUGUAAGUCGCUUUGGACAAAAGCAUCUGCUAAACUAGAACAGGCACUCGGUAGAGCGCAUACCUUCGCAUAUAAUUAUAAACAUUUUGGCAUUAGUUGCAUGCCAAUUGGAUACAAAUUGACCGAGCUAUGGUAAAAAGAAGAUUUUGACCUUUUCUUGACCUUGACCUUUGACCCGAUUGAUCCCAAAAUCUAAUCAAAUGGUCGCCGGAUAAUAACCAAUCAUCCCACCAAAUUUCAUGUGAUUCGGUUUAAUACUUUUUGUGUUAUGCGAAUAACACGCAUACAAAUAAAUAAAUGAAUAAAUAAAUAAAUACACAGCGAUCAAAACAUAACCUUCCGCAUUUUCAAUGCGAAGGUAAUGACAAAAUCCCGUAUAUGAGUACAGUCAUGGUAAACAAAUAGCAUCUGUGUUGACAUUGUUGUUUCUCAAUAGGCCAUUUAUUAACAUGACACCUGACAUGGCUAACGUCUCUCCGUCAGGGUUGGAAGCAGCGAUAAAUGUUUUUCAGAAACCGUAAGAGCACAGGGAAACGUACGAGUAUAAAAGGCCUAUUCUAAUUUAAUAGUAACUCUUCUUUCAGGCUCAUAUAUUCUAAUAGCUUUACAGAUAUUUGUUUUUUUUGUGUCUUUUAUUGAUCAUUUGCUCUCAAGGUGUUAUAAGUGAAUCUCUAUACUUCAGCUUCUACGCUUAAGUCAUUGCUUUGUGUGUGUGUGUGUGUGUGUGUGUUUGACAUUCAUUCAAUGAUACAAUAUUCAAGUAUAUUAUCCACUUAGUGAUGCAGGCUGUGUUCACAAGUGUUUUUCAGCUGUGUGUUUUUCGAGUGCGUUUGCUGUCAUUAAAAAAUAAACAAUAAACAGUCA